AUGCACAAAGGCUCCAAGAAGUACUUCGGGCAGAAGUCCUUCAGUGAGGUGGCCAUGGACGAGUACCUGGGCAGCCUGGGGCUGUACCGCAAGAUGACGGCCAAGGACGCCUCCUGCCUCUUCCGAGCCGUCUCCGAGCAGGUGCGCAGCCGGCCGGGCUGGGGGCAGCCGGGACGCCUCAGGCCCGGGGCGGGCCGGGGGUGCCCCCAGAGAGCUCCUGGAGACCCGGCCGUGAGCCCAGAGCGAGGAGGUGGCGGAGGGAUGGCUGGGGAUGGCUGGGAAUGUGUGUGGGGAUCGUAUGUGGAAGGCUCAUUUGAGAAAUACCUAGAACGACUAGGAGAUCCAAAGUGGCUGAAGACUGAAAAAUGGGCAAAACUGAGGAGCUGUGUGCAGUGCAGACAUUGUGUGGUAGUUACAAGCAUGGCUAAAACUCAUGUAGGUGUUCUUGAAAGCUCCAGCAGUGAGGAAUACCUGCCCUACCUGGUGUGUGAACACUGCUCUUUAUUUCAGAGGCGAGACUUCAUUGUGUACCGGUACCCCGGGAAGCCCCCCACAUGUGCUACAGACAAUGGCUUUGAAGACAAGAUUUUACUGUGUUGUUCCGGUAACGGCCAUUAUGACUCUGUGUAUACAAAACAAUUUCAGGAAAAUGCUGCCGUUUGCCAGGCUGUGUUAUAUGAGAUCCUCUACAAAGAUGUGUUUGGCAUGGAUGAGGAAGAAUUAAGGUCUGCAGUUGAGGUGUUUCGAAGUGGAUCCAAGAAGAACAGAAACAGUGCUGCUGUAGGAAGUGAGGAUGCAAACUUUGGUUGUCUCCAUGAAAAAGUACCCCGAAAUCCAUCAGAAAAGAGACUGGACGACUGGGAAGGCAACGAUGCUGACAAUCCACAGGAAACCAAGUUCAAACAAAGCAUUGAAGAACAAAAGCCUCCAGAAAAUCCUCCAAAGAUGCCUGUUCCUUAUAAAGUGCUAAAGGCCCUGGACUCUACCAUCUAUCGAAAUGUGGAGUUUGAUGUUUGGCUGGACAGUAGAAAAGAGCUUCAAAAAACUGACUACAUGGUGUUUGCUGGGAGACAGUACUAUUUAGGAGAUAAGUGUCAGGUGCGUCUGGAACCAGGGGAGAAGUAUUACAAUGCUCACAUCCAGGAAGUUGGACAGGAUAGCAACACAUUGACUGUAUUUGUUGAGGAGCUGGCAGAAAAGCACACAGUUCCUUUGGCAAACUUAAAGCCAGUGUCACAAGUGGCUCCUGUCCUUGCUUGGAAUAUGGCUCACAACAGAAGAGGAGCUUAUCAGAAAGUAACAGGUGGACACUUCUCAGGAAUAGAAAUGGAUAUGAAAACACGGAAGAGGAUGCUCAAGAAGGUCCGUGGGAAGGAAGUGUUCAUGGCUGUGGCUUACAGCAGGGGACAGCCAGUGCUGCCCCCCCGGCUGCAGCACAGUGCUCCCUCAGGGCGCUUCCCUCCCAUCCACUGCUCCCAGGGAGCUGCAGCCAUGGCACCCUACAAACCCUAUCACCAGCAGAACCCUCCCAGGCAGCACCGUGACUCCGGCAUGCCCAGACAUAAAAACAGUCUUGUGAGCAACUGAGAGGCAAGAUACCAGCUUGGCCCUCAGAUAGCAUUCUACCCCAGCCCAGGGAAGAGAGGCUGUCAGAGUUAUGAUAAUUUAUCCUGCUCGUACAGCCGCAGCCGCCGCCCGCUGCCGUGCGCGAACAAGGAGUGCCAGUACAGCUUCGUGCCAGGGGCUGCCGAGGAGCCCCAGGGGCCAGAGGAAACUGUCACUUUCUGUGAAAUCGAAGGAGAUGACACUGCUUUUCCUGCUCUGCCUAUGAGUUAUGAACAAAGGAGCCACAGUAGCCAUGCUCCCAUUGUCCAUGGUCCAGGGGCAUUUUGGGUAGCAAGGAGAGGUCCAAACUCUGUUCCAUCCAACAAGCAGACCCUGAGUGCCUUAGAGGAGGAGGAAGAAGCAAGUGAAAAUGGGAAAUUUCAUGAGGAAUAUAUCUAUGUAUCUUCAGAUCCCAACUGUGAAACUGCAGCAGUGUUUAGUUCAGCAGAACCUACAGCAAACUUGGAAGAAGGGCCAGUCUUGGUGUCACCUCCAGAUGAAGUGGCUUCCUACAGCUAUCCCCAGAAGGUAGUGUCUGGUACUCUGAACUGUAUCUCACACUUCAUUGUGGUGGCUCUGCAGAGAGGUGGCCACUCUGCUUGGACUGUGACACUUUGUGGGGACCCCUCAUAG